UCAACGAAAUUUCAAAAGGAAAUAUGUGAAAUUGGUUCCUUGUACAGUCAAGGGAAAUCAGCAAGUAUGAAAGUUUUAACUUCAACCAGAAUCAUUCAAUUAUUAUGAUAAAAAAAUCUGAGUUAAAUGUUUUAAUUUUUAUCGCGCUUAGAAUUACAUCUAAUUAGUAUUUAUGUUACUCGUUCGCCAUUUUUAGCAAAGACAACAUGGAAAAUCUAGAAUUCGAAGACAUUCUACUGGAGCUUGGAGAUUUUGGACCAUAUCAGAGAAACUUAAUGAUUAUUUUCCUGUUACCUGCUUCUUUCAUCCUACCUUGGCUGACCAUGAACAUGAUUUUCAUGGUUACGCUUCCUGAGCACUGGUGUAAUGUACCCGAAGUGGCAGCUUCAAACUUAAGCAUCGAAUUGCAAAGAUCUUUGAUCAGUCCUGCGACGGAAUCUUCCUGUCGUAUGCGCGACUUGAACUACACAGAUCUCUUAAUGUCUGAUGGACCUUUGGUAGUCCCGGAAAAUGCAUCUACAAAGCCGUGUGAUAACGGCUGGCUGUAUGAUACUUCGGAGUAUGAUUCAACUAUAGCGACACAGUGGGAUCUUGUUUGUGAUGACUACCACUAUGUCAGUUUUGUACUGCUGUGGUGGGGUCUGGGCACCAUCAUUGCUACUCCAGUGUAUGGCGCUUUGUCAGAUAAAAUUGGAAGGAGGCUUGUGUUUUUUGUCGUCGCCUUCGUCGCGGCUGUGUCCUCAGUGGCCUCUGUCCUUGUUAAAGAUUUCACUGCGUUCAUCAUCCUUAAGACAAUUCAUGGUUUUCUUAAGCCAUCCUUGUUUCAACUUCCUUUCAUUAUUGUUCUAGAGCUGGUAGCUCCUGCUAAAAGAACUCGGAUGAAUGGUAUGUCAUGCAUUAUUUGGUCUGUCGGAGCUUUCUUUGUGCCACUGAUAGCCUACUUGACGCAUGGAUGGAUCGCUAACGGGCUCUUUUCCUCCGCUGUCACUUUCAUCUUUUUUGCAUACUGGAAAUUCAUACCGGAAUCUCCUCGAUGGCUUGUAUCAAAACACAGAUAUGACGAAGCUGUUGAUAUUCUAGCAGAAAUUGGUGAGAAAAAUGGUAAACCUCAAGAUCGCAAAAUUCUCCUUUCAAAGUUAAAGAAACUAGGAGAGAAAAUGGUACGAGAUAAAGAAUUCUCUGGGUCAAAACAUUCGACUCUUGACCUCCUGAAGUAUCCUCAACUGCGCAAGACGUUUAUCAUUGUUUCUAUUUGCUGGAUUGCAGAUGUGUUUGCAUAUGACGGCCUGCAGCUAAAUGUGAUAAAUCUAUCUGGCAAUGAAUUCCUCAACUUUUUUCUGCUGAUCUUGGCUGAAAUUCCAGGUUACAUGACGAGUUGGUACUUAAUGGAUCGUAUAGGAAGAAGAUGGUGUACAGCAGUUGGUUUCCUUCUGACAGGCCUCAUCUGUUUUUUGCCUAUAUUCAGAUUUCCACACGUGGAUCUCAUCUCCUCUAUCAUUGGAAAAUAUCUAGGAGCAGCGGCUUACAUGGCCACUUACCAGCAGAGCUCUGAGCUCUACCCUACAGUUGUUCGUUCCCUGGGCAUGGGUAUGAGCAGUAGUGUUGCAGCCGUCGUUUCCUUGAUCGUCCCGUACAUCGUCUAUUUCAGCAUCUAUGGAAAAGCUAUCCCCUUCGUUAUAAUUGGAUUCCUUUGCCUAAUUGCUGGAGUUUUAGCUACCCUUCUACCAGAAUCUCUAAAUGAAAAUCUACCUCAAAGUAUUCAAGACCGUGAAGAAUUUGGAAAAGAUCAAAAGUUCUUCUCUUUUAACAGGAAGCGACCCAUUUGUGAAGAAAGAGCUGAGUCGUUCAAGAUGAAACAUUCUAGUUAAAAUCCGUCUAAGGAAAUGCAACAGUACAGAGAUUCCCAUUUUUUUAUGCUCAAACUCUAGGUUUUCUACAAAAUUACAACUUUUGCAUCGUGAUUUCGUUCAUAGGCAUGGAAAUGAAAAUGUUCUGUAAUAGAAUUAUCAUAACAUAAGAUGAAAUUUCCUUCAUUCAAUUUAAUGUUGUUACGUAUUGUUGUAAAAGUUAAUUUGUACAUUGUUUAAGAUCAUGUUUUAUGAUUUGCAUUUAAAGUUGAGCUGUACCAUGAACAAAAAACAAAAGUAUAAAUAAAGAUUUAUG